AGCGGCUGAGAUAAGGACCACAAGAAGUUCCUCACAUUACCUCACCCGAUAAGGAAACAAGCAGAGAGAGAGAUGCAGCGAGAGAGAGGGAGAAGGUCAGACUGGGAGGAAUUCUCUGGAUAGACGGUGAUGCGCAGAGAGGCAGCUGGCGUUUGGGGGGUUUUCUCCAAUGGUUAAGGGAUCUUGCUGGAAUUUCGGGUACCAAAGAGACUCAGAGAACUCUGGAGAGAAACUUGGAGAUUCUUUAACAGAACGGUGCAGCUACAGAAAAUAUGACCACUGAAUAUAGUAUUUGUUGAGGCUUUGCUUGAGACUACCUGAGUUAUUUGAGCUUUUCUUGAGUAUUUUAGACUAUUAGGAUGCUCUAAGAUUAGAUGUAAAGAUGACCUCAAGCUGUAUGUUCUUCAGCGUAUUUACCAUCAUACGUACUGGAUGAUACUUUCAGCACCAUCUACAACACAGAAAAGCAAUUUUCCAUCCAGUCAAUGUCAAGAGACGGAACAAAAGUAAAUACAGAUCUCAAGUUCUGGAGAGUUUUCUACACCAUUUCCGUAACAUCAAUGGCGGUAAAUCCUCUGGAAGGUCUCAUGUCGGUUGCAGCAAACCACCAGCUGGUCUCCAGCUCGACAGCUGAGCCACAGAGGCAGCAGCAUCGUGCAGCCAGAAGCCCAGCAGACCUGCAUGGACACAGGCAGGGAACAGCUAGCAGCCGUGAGUCAAGGAAGUGGGUGCACACCGUGUGUGAGUCCCGAUCAAACUUUGGGUCUGGUUUUAGGUCUGCAGUCUCGUCCAGGACACUGAGGAGUCAGCACUCCCCAGAAAACGCAGCAAGAGAAAGAAGCCGCGUACGCAACCUGCGACAGGCCUUCCACAGCCUGCAGGCUGCUCUGCCUUCAGUCCCACCAGACACCAAGCUGUCCAAGCUGGAUGUUCUGGUUCUGGCUACCAACUACAUAGCUCACCUUACAGAGACCCUGCACCAGGGAGGGACGCUAGCUGAUCACACCUUGUCUGCCCGGCCGGGUGGAUACCUGCAUCCAGUUAAGAAGUGGCCCAUGCGUUCCCUGCUCUACUGUGGCAGCGUGGGAGACCUGCUUACAAAUGUCCACGCCAAUCAGAUGCUUCCACCUGGAAGGAAGGGGACACACCCACAGACCUCCACCUUAGAAGAAACCAAAGACUGACGGUUGAGCUUGGGACUUAAUCUCCACCACCCUCUUGUCUCCAAAGUUAACCAGCCUUUUGCUACAGUUCUAUAAACUAAACCGACUUUCAUUUGUGAUAGCCACCAUCUUGCGGCAGCCGCCAUUACUGUGGUGUCUGUCCAACUGUGACAGCAGCAUAAAUACGACAGAAUCACAGCAGUGCUGAUAUGCAGUACAAUGUCACUCCCUCUCCUGUGAUAUUGCAUAAAUAACAAUCUUCAAUUCUCACCUGUAUUGACAAGCUGUUUCCACGCCUGCACUCUAGAUCAUUUCACUAGGACUGCCCCUGAAAUCAUGACAUGGUUGUUCACACAUGCACCUCACAGCGGGAGACUAGCCCUGUCAGACAGGAAGGAGGAUGGGGGGUUUCCUGGGGCAAGACAUGAUGUAAAAAGAACGA